CCGUAUGUGCAAGUCUACACAGCAACGCUCUGCUCGGAGACUGACUCUCUGUUCAUUUAGUGCCUCACAUUUACAGUCUGCACCCUCGACAUUUCGGCUAAUAAUUCCGCUUGCAUGAGUACAAACCUCCCUGGUUGUGUUGUCUAAUAAAAACGAACCUCUAUCAAGCAUUUCGUCGGGCCUUAAACACCCCCUUAAAAGAGACAGAGAGAAAAACAGGCUACAUUUUGUUUGUCCAAUGGUCUAAUCACACUUUCCGCCUUUAUGAACCAUGUGUGAAAACUGCGCCGAGCUUCUGGAGGUGCUCAAUGAGAUCUCAGAAGCAGACAGCUCAGAUGGCCUACAGCUGAAGAAGGAGCACGCCUUAAGAGUCUUCACAUAUAUUAGCACAUGGACACAGAGGCAGUGUCUGUGUUGUUUUAAAGAAUACAAACACCUCGAGGUGUUCAGCCAGCUGGUCUAUGCCCUCAUUAACCUGGUGAUUGCCCAAGUGACCAACCUUAGGGACAGUCUACGCAAUGGCAUUAGCAACAGCAGGACUGAGGAGGCGGGGUCAGAGUGGGGGUCCUCCCAGCCCCAGCCUUCACCCAAUGAGGAUGAGCCUUUGAAUGUGGAAAGGGACUCAGCUGAAGAGGAUGGUGGAAUGGAGGAAGGAGAUGAGCAGCAGAACCAAAACCAGGGGGUCAAACCGGACCCUCAGCCCAGACUCGGUGAGCCCAUGGCGGACGAGAGCAUGACUGACAGUAGCCUGGACCCAUUUGCAUCCUGGAGCACAGAAGACCAGGAGAAACUGCUGCUAUGUGCUGCCAAGAUCUUCCAGAUCCAGUUCCCCCUAUAUACGGCCUACAAACACAACACACAUCCCACGAUAGAGGAUAUCUCGGCACAAGAGAGCAAUAUCCUCGGCUCUUUCUGUGAUAUGAAUGAUGUGGAGGUCCCGCUACACCUGCUGCGCUAUGUGUGUAUGUUCUGUGGGAAGCACGGCCUUUCUCUGAUGAAGGAUUGUUUUGAGUUCGGCACUCCUGACACACUGCCCUUCCCCAUCGCCCAUGCCUUCAUCAACAUUGUCUCUAACAUCAGAAUAUGGUUGCACAUUCCCGCUGUGAUGCAGCACAUCAUCCCUUUUCGCACUUAUGUUAUCAGGUAUCUGUGUAAGUUGUCGGAUCAGGAAUUGCGUCAGAGCGCGGCGCGUAACAUGGCCGAUCUGAUGUGGAGUACGGUGAAAGAGCCAUUGGACAGUGCGCUGUGUUUCGACAGAGAGAGUCUGGACCUGGCCUUCAAAUACUUUAUGAGUCCGACACUCACCAUGAGACUGGCUGGACUCAGUCAGAUCACAAAUCAGCUGCACACCUUCAAUGAUGUCUGUAAUAAUGAAUCGCUGGUGUCUGACACUGAGACGUCAAUUGCAAAGGAACUCGCUGACUGGCUCAUCAACAACAAUGUUGUAGAGCACAUAUUUGGACCAAAUUUGCACAUUGAGAUCAUUAAACAGUGCCAAGUCAUCCUGAACUUUCUGGCUGCCGAGGGCCGACUGAGCACUCAGCAUGUGGACUGUAUAUGGGUUGCUGCUCAGCUGAAACACUGCAGUCGCUACAUCCACGACCUGUUCCCCUCGCUCAUAAAGAACCUGGACCCUCUGCCCCUGCGACACGUGCUCAGCCUGGUGUCUGGGUUACACCCCAGCGCACACACCGAACAGACGCUGUAUUUGGCAUCCAUGUUGAUCAAGGCCUUGUGGAAUAAUGCCCUGGCAGCCAAAACUCAGCUGUCCAAGCAGAGCUCCUUUGCCUCGCUGCUCAACACCAACAUUCCCAUGGGUAACAAGAAAGGCUCUCCUGCAGGAAGCCCAGAGAGCAGUGACAACAGUGACACUCAUCACAGUGGAGGAAGUGACAUGGAGAUGGACGACCCAAUCAUGAGCAGCGGAAAACGGGGGCAGCAAAGGCUGUCGGACACAGAGGAGUCUCUGCAGGGCAGCUCAGACGAGACAGCCAACAGCGGGGAAGAGGGCAGCAGCAGCGGCCGCAGCGAAGCAUCCAGUAAUGAGGCUGGAUCCAGCAGAGCCAGCCAAUCAGCAGGCAGUCCCGGCAGUGAGCUGCACUCCGACGACAUGGCCGACAGCGAGGCUCUGAAAGAAGAAGAGGAGGAGGAGGAGGAGGAUGAAGAAGAAGAGGAAGAUGAUGAUGAGGAUGAUGAAGAUGAUGAUGAAGACGACGAUGAUGACCUGCCUGCCGUCACAGCCGAGGGAAGCCCGCAGAAAGAAUCUCGAGAUUCCAGAGACGCUCCUACAUCAGAACUGCGCAAACGGAAAGCCGGUGAAGCUCUCGGAGAAGUCCAGGGUCCUCCGGAGCGACCCAGGAUUCCGCCGGGAUUUCCUGGAUCCAUCGCCUCCGGUUCUGGACUUUCCAAACACAAGUCCCUCCCCUUCUCCCCUGAGGCAGCUGCUGCUGUGGUCGCCUCUUCAUCUCUUCGAAUCCUCGAACCCUGCUCCUCUUCGUCCAUGUGCCUGGAGGGAACAUCCGGAGAGCAGGCGGAUCCCUCCUCACAUUCCCAUUCCCAGAAUCCUCAGCAGCCACAGCAGAGCGGGCCAGAGAUGGGCCCCUCACACGGGCCAUCCGUUUCCCAGGAGCCACCCUGUCUGCCACGGCCAACAGACUUCUUGACUGAGGCCAUGGGCAAUGAGCUCUUCAACUGCAGACGUCUUAUUAGCCCACAUCAUCACCACCACCACCAUCACCAUCAUCAUCAUGAUGGUCAUAUGGUAGAGGACAUGCUGAGUGCUGAUGAUGUCAGUUGCAGCAGUUCCCAGGUCAGUGCGAAGUCCGAGAAAAACAUGGCGGAUUUUGACGGAGAGGAAUCCGGAUGCGAGGAAGAGCUGGUCCAGAUCAACUCUCACGCUGAACUUAGCUCACACCUGCAGCAACAUCUGCCCAACUUGGCCUCCAUAUACCAUGAACACCUGGCACAAGUCUUGGGAGUUUCAGUCAGAUGUAUGUCUAAACGUCCAGGCCCAGCGGUGCACAAGCAUCAGUACUCUGCCCACGGCGUGACUGACAUCAACCUGGACAACGUGUGCAAGAAUGGAAACACUCUUCUGUGGGACCUGGUCCAGGAUGACAACGCGAUACACCUGUCAGAAGGCCUCAUUAAUGAAGCAGAGAAGUUGUUGUGUUCUCUGGUGUGCUGGUUCACCGAUCGUCAGAUCCGCAUGCGUUUCAUCGAGGGCUGUCUGGAGAACCUCUCUGACCACCGGUCGGUGGUGGUGUCUUUGCGUUUGCUGCCAAAGCUCUUUGGAACCUUUCAGCAGUUUGGCUCCAGUUAUGACACUCAUUGGAUAACCAUGUGGGCUGAGAAGGAAUUGCACAUGAUGAAGCUCUUCUUUGAAGAUCUGUUACAUUAUAUCCAGGAAGUGAGAGAACAGUGCCACAAAUUUGCUCUAUACAGUCACAGUGCAGAGGUGCAGGUGCGUCUCCAGUUUCUCACCUGUGUGUUCUCAACACUCGGAUCACCUGACCACUUCAGGUUGAGUCUGGAGCAGGUGGACAUCCUGUGGCACUGUUUGGUAGAGGACUCCGAGUGUUACGAUGAUGCGCUGCAUUGGUUCUUAAACCAGGUCCGUAGUAAAGACCAGCAUGCGAUGGGCAUGGAGACGUAUAAACAUCUCUUCCUGGAGAAGAUGCCUCAGCUCAAGCCGGAGACAAUCAGCAUGACGGGACUCAAUUUGUUUCAGCAUCUGUGUAAUCUGGCUCGUUUGGCCACCAGUGCUUACGACAGCAACUCCAACUGCGAGUUGUGUGGUAUGGAUCAGCUGUGGGGAAUCGCAUUGAGGGCUCAGUCUGCAGACAUUAGCCGAGCUGCAAUCCAGUAUAUCAACUCAUAUUACAUCAGCGGUAAGACAGGUCUAGAGAAAGAGCAGGAGUUUAUCAGUAAGUGUAUGGAGAGUUUGAUGAUGGCUUCCUCUAACCUGGAGAAAGACGCUCACUCCAGCCUCACCAUCAUAGAGAGAGGUCUACUGCUGCUCAAAACACACCUGGAGGCCUUCAGACGCAGGUUUGCAUAUCACCUCCGCCAGUGGCAGAUUGAGGGAACAGGCAUCAGCAGUCAUCUGAAAGCACUCAGUGAUAAACAAUCACUCCCUCUCAGAAUUGUGUGCCAGCCUGCUGGACUGCCAGACAAGAUGACCAUCGAGAUGUACCCUAGUGAUCAGGUGGCUGAUCUGAGGGCAGAGGUCACUCACUGGUAUGAAAAUCUUCAGAAGGAUCAGUUCAGUCAGCAGGCUCAGCUGCAGGAGUUUGGCCAAACCAGCCGCCAGCAGGACUUCCCAGGUGGUCUGAUGGGUCCAGUGCGUAUGAUCUCAUCAGGACACGAGUUGACCACUGACUACGAUGAGAAAACUCUUCAUGAGCUCGGCUUCAAAGACAUGCAGAUGGUGUUUGUGUCUCUGGGGGCUCCGCGGAGGGAGAGGAAGGGCGAGGGAGUUCAGCUACCGGCAUCGUGUUUACCUCCACCUCAGAAGGAACACAUCCCCAUGCUGCUCCUUCUGCAGGAGCCACACCUCACCACACUCUUUGACCUGCUGGAAAUGCUGGCCUGCUUCAAACCACCCGGCCCCGACAGACCCCAGCACAGCACUGAGAGUGUUCGUUGUGAGGAGUUGCACCUCCAUGCAGAAAAUCUGUCUCGCCGUGUUUGGGAGCUGCUCAUGCUGCUACCGACAUGUCCCAGCAUGCUUCAGGCCUUCCAGAACAUCUCUGAUGACACGGGGUCUGACGGUUUGUGCUGGAAGGAUCUGUUGAGAAUCAAGAGUCCUCAUAAGUUGCUGUAUGCUUUAGAAAUCAUUGAGGCCCUCGGCAAACCAAACCGCAGGAUUCACCGUGAAUCUACGGGCAGCUACAGUGAUCUAUAUCCAGACUCUGAUGAUUCCAGUGAAGAACAGAUUGAGAACAGCAAGAACACCUGGAGCUGCAAGUUUGUGUCGUCUGGAGGUCUUCAGCUUCUGCUGGAUAUUUUUAAUUCAGCUAUUUUAGAGCCGAAAGAACAGGAAUCCUGGACUGUGUGGUUGUUGGACUGUCUCGCGUGUCUGUUGAAGCUGAUUUGUCAGUUUGCGGUGGACCCGGCCGAUCUGGACUUGGCGUAUCACGACGUGUUCGCUUGGUCUGGUCUCACGGACUCCCAGAGGAAGAGGGCGUGGCCAGGGAAGUCCCGCAAAGCCGGCGGGGACCAUGGGAAGGGCCUGCAUAUAGCACGCCUUACGGAGGUGUUCCUGAGUCUUGUUCAAGGAACCAAUCUCAUCCAGCGACUCAUCAACGUGGCCUACACUUACGACAAUUUGGCACACAGGGUUCUGAAGGCCCAAUCAGAUCACAGAUCCAGACAUGAAGUAACUCAUUACUCCAUGUGGUUGCUGGUGAGUUGGGCUCACUGCUGUUCUCUGGUGAAAUCCAGUCUGGCUGAUAGUGAACAUCUGCACGAUUGGCUGAAGAAACUCACACUGCUCAUACCCGAGACGGCGGUGCGUCAGGAGGCAUGCAGUGGUCUCUAUAAGCUCUCUCUGUCUGGACUGGAAGGAGAAGAAUCCAUCAAUAGAUCCUUCCUGCUGCUCGCUGCAUCAACACUGCUCAAGUUCCUGCCAGACGCUCAAGCGCUUAAACCAACCAGAGUGGAGGAUUUUGAGGAAGAGGCGAUGUUCCGCACAGGCUGUAAGGAAUACUUCUGGCUGCUCUGCAAACUCAUCGACAACAUCCAUGUGAAAGACGCUAGUCAGACCACCCUACUGGAUCUGGACGCGCUGGCCCGACACCUCGCCGACUGCAUUCGCAGCCGUGAGAUUCUAGACCAGCAGGACAGUGCGAUCGAGGACGAUGGUCUGACGGGUCUUCUGCGUCUGGCCACCAGUGUCCUGAAGCACAAGCCUCCUUUUAAGUUCUCACGGGAGGGUCAAGAGUUCCUGAGGGACACGUAUGAUCUGUUGUUCCUGCUGCCCAGCUUAAAGGACCGCCAGCAGCCCAAAUGCAAGAGUCCCGCGGCGCGUGCCGCAGCCUACGACCUGCUGGUGGAGGUGGUGAAGGGCUCGGUGGAGAACUACAGACUCCUGCACAACUGGGUCAUGUCGCAGCACAUGCAGGCAUCUCAUGCACCAUAUAAAUGGGAUUACUGGCCUCAUGAUGAUGUCCGAGCCGAAUGUCGAUUUGUGGGGCUGACAAACCUGGGUGCCACGUGUUACCUGGCCUCCACCAUCCAACAACUCUACAUGAUCCCAGAGGCCAGACAAGCAGUCUUUACUGCUAAAUAUUUGGAGGAUAUAAAGCAUAAGACCACGCUGCUGGAGCUGCAGAAGAUGUUCACCUAUCUCAUGGAAAGUGAGAGGAAGGCAUAUAACCCUCGGCCGUUCUGUAAGACCUACACGAUGGACAAACAACCUCUGAACACAGGAGAACAAAAAGACAUGACUGAGUUCUUCACUGACCUCAUCACCAAGAUAGAGGAGAUGUCUCAGGACCUGAAAAACACAGUGAAAACACUUUUUGGAGGCGUCAUCACAAACAACGUUGUUUCACUGGACUGUGAUCAUGUGAGUCAAACAGCUGAGGAGUUCUACACAGUGAGGUGUCAGGUGGCAGACAUGAAGAACAUCUAUGAGUCUCUGGAUGAGGUCACUAUUAAAGACACACUAGAGGGUGAUAACAUGUACACCUGCUCUCAGUGUGGGAAGAAAGUACGUGCUGAAAAACGGGCGUGUUUUAAGAAGCUUCCACGGAUCUUGAGUUUUAACACAAUGCGAUACACGUUCAACAUGGUGACCAUGAUGAAAGAAAAAGUGAACACUCACUUUUCAUUUCCACUCCGGCUCGAUAUGACGCCAUACACGGAGGACUUCCUGAUGGCCAAGGGAGACAGGAAGGAAGGUUUCCGUGACGACAGUGAUGCAAAGGCAGCAGAGAGUUAUGAGUAUGACCUCAUCGGUGUGACGGUGCACACGGGCACAGCGGAUGGUGGCCAUUAUUACAGCUUCAUCAGGGACAUUGUUAAUCCACACGCUUACCGAAAUAACAAAUGGUACCUGUUUAAUGAUGCAGAGGUGAAGCCUUUUGAUUCGGCUCAGCUGGCUUCAGAGUGUUUUGGUGGAGAGAUGACAACAAAAACCUAUGAUUCUGUCACAGACAAAUUCAUGGAUUUCUCCUUCGAGAAGACACACAGUGCAUAUAUGCUGUUCUACAAGAGAGUGGAAGUGGAAGAGGAAAAUGGGAAAGACUUUAACUUUGACAUUUCUCCAGACCUUCUGGAGUGGAUCUGGCAUGACAACAUGCAGUUUCUCCAAGACAAGAACAUCUUUGAACACACAUACUUUGGUUUCAUGUGGCAGCUGUGCAGUAGUAUUCCCAGCACUUUACCUGAUCCUAAAUCUGUGUCUCUUAUGACUGCUAAGCUCAGCACGUCGUUUGUUUUAGAGACUUUCAUUCACUCCAAAGAAAAGCCCACCAUGCUGCAGUGGAUCGAGCUCCUCACCAAACAAUUCAACAACAGUCAAGCUGCCUGCGAGUGGUUUUUGGAUCAAAUGGCAGAUGAUAACUGGUGGCCGAUGCAGAUUCUCAUCAAGUGUCCCAAUCAGAUUGUACGGCAGAUGUUCCAGAGGUUGUGUAUUCAUGUGAUCCAGAGGCUCAGACCAGUCCACGCUCACCUGUACCUGCAGCCUGGCAUGGAGGACGGCUCUGAUGACAUGGAUGGGCCUGUGGAGGACAUCGGCAGCCGCUCUUGUGUAACGCGGUUUGUCAAAACGCUGCUGUCAAUCAUGGAACAUGGAGUGAAGCCGCACAGCAAACAUCUGACCGAAUACUUUGCCUUCCUUUAUGAGUUUGCAAAAAUGGGUGAAGAGGAGAGUCAGUUCCUCUUGUCUCUUCAAGCCAUUUCUAUAAUGGUGCAUUUCUACAUGGGCACUAAAGGACCUGAAAAUCCUCAGGUUGAGGUGUUAUCAGAGGAAGAGGAGGGAGAGGAGGAUGAAGAGGAGGACAUCCUGUCUCUGGCAGAGGAGAAAUACCGGCCGGCCGCUCUGGAGAAGAUGAUCGCGCUCAUAGCUCUGCUGGUGGAGCAGUCCAGAUCUGAGAGACACUUGACUCUGUCUCAGAGUGAUAUGGCAGCACUGACAGGAGGAAAAGGCUUUCCCUUCCUGUUCCAGCACAUCAGAGACAGCAUCAAUAUCAGACAGACCUGCAACCUCAUUUUCAGCCUCUGCAGAUACAACAACCGCCUGGCAGAACACAUUGUGUCCAUGCUGUUCACCUCCAUAGCUAAACUCACUCCAGAAGCAGCAAACCCGUUCUUCAAGCUGCUGACAAUGCUGAUGGAGUUUGCUGCUGGUCCUCCUGGAAUGCCCUCGUUUGCGUCCUACAUUCUGCAAAGGAUCUGGGAGGUGAUCGAGUAUAACCCAUCUCAGUGUCUGGACUGGUUGGCGGUGCAGACUCCUCGUAAUAAACUGGCUCACAGCUGGGUUCUGCAGAACAUGGAGAACUGGGUGGAGAGAUUUCUGCUGGCACACAACUACCCUCGUGUCCGCACAUCUGCGGCAUAUCUUCUGGUCUCUCUCAUCCCGAGUAACUCGUUUCGUCAGAUGUUUCGCUCCACGCGCUCUCUUCACAUCCCGACGCGAGACCUCCCGCUGAGUCCCGACACCACUGUGGUUCUGCACCAGGUGUAUAACCUGCUGCUGGGUCUGCUGGGUCGUGCCAAACUUUACGUGGACGUGCCCGUGCACGGGACUACCAAACUGGUGCAGUACUUCAGCUUCAUGACCUACUGCCUCAUCUCCAAAACUGAGAAGCUCAUGUUCUCCAGCUACUUCAUGGACCUCUGGAACCUCUUCCAGCCCAAGUUGUCAGAGCCAGCGAUUGCCACGAAUCACAACAAACAGGCUCUUCUGUCGUUUUGGUAUAAUGUGUGUGUGGACUGCAACGAGAACGUCCGUCUCAUUGUUCAAAACCCCGUGGUCACUAAAAACAUCGCAUUCAACUACAUCCUGGCAGAUCAUGACGAUCAGGAGGUGGUGCUGUUCAACCGCGGGAUGCUGCCGGCGUACUAUGCAAUACUGCGCAUGUGCUGCGAGCAGUCGCCUGCCUUCACCCGGCAGCUGGCAUCUCACCAGAACAUCCAGUGGGCCUUCAAAAACCUCACGCCCCAUGCCAGCCAGUACCCAGGGGCGGUGGAGGAGUUGUUUAACCUGAUGCAGUUGUUUGUGGCUCAGAGGCCUGAUAUGAGAGAGGAAGAACUGGAGGACGUGAAACAGUUCAAGAAAACCACCAUCAGCUGUUACCUGCGCUGUCUGGACGGACGCUCCUGUUGGACCACACUCAUCAGUGCCUUCCGGAUACUGCUGGAGAAUGAUGAAGAUCGGUUGCUGGUGGUGUUUAACAGAGGCCUCAUCCUUAUGACUGAGUCAUUCAACACCCUUCACAUGAUGUACCAUGAGGCCACAGCGUGUCAUGUGACAGGAGAUCUAGUGGAGCUGCUCUCCAUCUUUCUGUCAGUUUUAAAGGCAACACGGCCCUACAUGCAGCGCAAAGAUGUGAAGCAGGCUCUGAUCCAGUGGCAGGAAAGGAUUGAUUUUGCUCAUAAGCUGCUAACACUCCUCAACUCGUACAGUCCACCAGAGCUGAGGAACGCCUGUCUGGAUGUGCUGAAGGAGCUGGUGCUGUUGAGUCCUCAUGACUUCUUGCACACACUCGUGCCCUUCCUGCAACACAACCACUGCACCUAUCACCAUAGCAACAUCCCAAUGUCAUUUGGGCCGUAUCUGCCCUGUAGAGAAAACAUUAAACUGAUGGGAGGAAAGAACAAUAUUCGGCCACCCAGGCCUGAACUCAACAUGUGCCUGCUGCCAUCAAUGGUGGAGACCAGCAAAGGUAAAGAUGAGGUUUAUGACAGGAUGCUGUUGGACUACUUCCUGUCAUAUCAUCAGUUCAUUCACCUGCUCUGUCGAGUCGCCAUCAACUGCGAGAAGUUCACAGAGACUCUCGUCAAACUCAGUGUGUUGAUUGCAUAUGAAGGACUUCCUCUGCACUUGGCUCUCUUUCCAAAACUAUGGACAGAACUUUCUCAAUCUCAGUGUGCGAUGGCUCAGUCGUGUGUGAAGCUGUUGUGUGAGGAUCCGGCAUUUGGAGAGUACAUGAAGUGUAUCCUGAUGGACGAGAGGACUUUCCUCAACAACAACAUCGCCUACUCUUUCCUCACCUGCUUCUUAAACAAGGUGCCGGUGCAAGUGUUAUCAGGGCAGAGCUGUUCGAAUCUCAUCAAUGUGUUGGUGACCAACCUACUGAACGAGUACCACAGUCUGCAGCCUGAACUGACCAAUCAGAGAGCAGAGAUCAGCAAGACCAGCAGCCUCCUCAACGCAGAUCUGCAGGCGCUGGUGCUGAUAGUGUCGGUUUACGCUCCUCAGCAGUUAGACCCGGCUUUAGGCCCGGCUUUACAGGAGCUGCUGUCUAAAUGCAAACUGUGCCUGCAGCAUCGCACCACAUUAGAGAUGGAGGCCAAGGAAAGCAAGGUCAAAGUGGAAGAGGAGGGUGUAACUCCAGUGAAGCGCAGGCGAGUGAGCAGCAGUGCUGAAGAUCGGCCAGCAGAGGGCAGCAGCAGCGCCUUUUGCCCACCCUCUACCUCCUCAUUGGCUCCCUGCUCUGAGCAGAAGGCGGAGCCAGGCGAGGCGUUAACGCCAACCAGCACUUCAGACACUGAAACCCGAGACUCCUCCCUCAUUGACCCAGGAACCGAGAAUGACCCACCCACUCCCGACAGCGCAUCACUCGAGGAGAAGAAAAUGGAUGCUUCAUCAUCGUCGUCAUCUUCAUCAUCAUCAUCAUCUUCCCUUCACGAAGCAUUUAGUCGGACAGAUGAAGCUCCACCCCAGAUAGCAGGAAGAGAGGAGGAGGAAGAUGGAAGUAAAGAACCACAAGAGCAGGAAGUAGAGCCAGAAAGAGAGGAAGUCCCCUCCACUUCCUCUGCUGACCCGACGCUUCUUCUCUCCAGUCUGUCGGAUGCAGCCGAGGGGCGGAGUUGCUCACUCCAGGAGGCGGAGUCAUACGGCCACGCCCUCUCACAGGGUGUUUUAAAUCCAGCAGGGCCACAACAGGACGCUUUGGAAAUACUCUGUUGCACAGUCGAGGCCACGAUCGCGGUGGUUGCCAAACUUUCGAACGGGAAAGGGGGGUCACGCCCGCCACCUUUGUGACAUUACUGUCGUGUCCCUCCUUUUUCUUAUUCUUUUACCGUUCGCCACACAUUUCAGUUUUGAGUCAGAUUUGUCCUUUUGUUUUUUUUUGUUUUUUUGCCCUUUACACGCUUGCAUCAUUUGUUUCACGUUUCCGUGGCACUCUGGAUAUACAUGUGGUUACCAUGGUAACAGACAUUUCCGUUGACGGGGAAAUCAAUUACACAUUAUCUCAAAAUAAAGGAAAAAUAACCAAUAUUAGCUGAUACCUAUUUUUCGCAAAGGGCAAUUUCUUUUUUUAAAAAAGCGUAAUUUUGUUUGGUUUAUUUGUUUUUGAAGUGGUUUGAUUUUUGAGGCUGCAGUGAAACAGGGAAAAGGUUUACAACGUUUUAGUCCCGUCAGUGCAAAGUUUAAUUUGCGUUUUUAUUCACGUGUAUUAUUAUUAUUAUUAUUAUGAUUGUCUCCUGUGCCAGUUUUGUACUUAAAGAUGCGGGGCUGAAAAUGGCCUUGCUGUGUUUUUGUUUCUUUGUGGUGGAUAUGAAAAACUAUGUUUACUUGUACAUUGAAAAGAAGAACGAACCACAAGAACCUUGAUUCUGUAAAGAAUCUUCUAGUUGUUGCCUGGCUUUGUAAAUGAGAUGGUUAUAUAUAUAUAUAUAUAUAUAUAUAUAUAUAUA